ACCCUAUUCACUCUUCCUCUCUCUCUACUCUACUGUCAUCUCUCUCUCUCUCUAUUGACCAAACCCUAACGCCACCACCAUCAUGGCUUCCCGGAGGCUAAUUGCCUCACUCCUCCGUUCCUCCACGUCCUCUCUCCGUCGUACAUCCUCUUCAUUCACUUCCGCCUCCAAAUCCUCCACAAGACCUUCCCCGGCCGGCUUUUUACUUAACCGGGCCGCCCACUACGCUACCUCCGCUGCUGCCUCGUCGAGUGCUUCCGCUCCUUCCACUAAGCCGGCCGGCGGAACUGGUGGGAAGAUAACUGAUGAUUUUACUGGAAGAGGUGCUAUUGGGCAAGUUUGUCAGGUGAUCGGUGCCGUCGUUGAUGUUAGAUUCCAGGAUGGAUUGCCUCCGAUCUUGACGGCGUUGGAGGUGCUCGAUAAUCAGAUCCGGCUCGUGCUUGAGGUGGCUCAGCAUCUCGGGGAGAAUGUUGUUAGGUGUAUUGCUAUGGAUGGUACUGAAGGUCUUGUUCGUGGCCAGGCCGUGCUCAACACGGGCUCUCCUAUUACUGUGCCUGUUGGUAGAGCUACUCUUGGACGAAUCAUAAAUGUUAUCGGAGAACCUAUUGAUGAGAGAGGCGAAAUCAAAACUGAACACUAUUUGCCAAUCCAUCGCGAGGCUCCAGCCUUUGUUGAGCAGUCGACUGAACAAGAAAUUCUUGUUACUGGAAUUAAGGUGGUUGAUCUGCUUGCACCAUACCAAAGGGGAGGCAAGAUUGGAUUGUUUGGUGGUGCUGGAGUAGGAAAAACUGUGCUUAUCAUGGAACUGAUCAACAAUGUUGCAAAAGCCCAUGGUGGUUUUUCUGUCUUUGCUGGUGUAGGAGAAAGAACUCGAGAAGGUAAUGAUCUAUAUAGGGAAAUGAUGGAGAGUGGUGUUAUUAAGCUUGGUGAUAAGCAGGCUGAAAGCAAAUGUGCGCUUGUCUAUGGUCAAAUGAAUGAGCCCCCGGGUGCUCGUGCUCGUGUUGGAUUGACAGGUUUGACUGUGGCUGAGCACUUCAGAGAUGCUGAAGGGCAGGAUGUGCUUCUCUUCAUUGAUAAUAUUUUCCGUUUUACCCAGGCCAACUCUGAAGUGUCUGCUUUGUUGGGUCGUAUCCCUUCUGCUGUCGGUUAUCAACCAACUUUGGCUACAGAUCUUGGAGGCCUUCAAGAGCGUAUCACAACCACAAGAAAAGGCUCCAUUACUUCUGUCCAAGCUAUUUAUGUGCCUGCUGAUGACUUGACAGAUCCUGCGCCUGCUACUACAUUUGCUCACUUAGAUGCCACAACUGUCUUGUCUCGACAGAUCUCUGAGCUUGGUAUCUAUCCUGCUGUUGACCCACUUGAUUCCACAUCACGUAUGCUCUCUCCACACAUUUUGGGAGAGGAUCACUACAACACUGCUCGUGGAGUACAGAGGGUCCUUCAGAACUACAAGAAUUUGCAAGAUAUCAUUGCCAUUCUUGGAAUGGAUGAGCUCAGUGAAGAUGACAAAUUGACAGUUGCCCGUGCACGUAAAAUGAUGCGGUUCUUGAGUCAGCCUUUCCAUGUUGCUGAAGUUUUCACGGGUGCCCCUGGAAAAUAUGUUGAGUUGAAGGAGAGCAUUGCCAGUUUCCAGGGUGUUUUGGAUGGAACCUACGAUGAUCUUCCAGAACAGUCAUUCUACAUGGUUGGUGGCAUUGACGAGGUCAUUGCUAAAGCUGAGAAGAUUGCCAAGGAAUCUGCAGCAUAAGGAAUUUUAGUGACUUUUAUUUUUUUUUACCCUUUUUAACUGAUGAUUCUGAAAAUCAAUAAUUUAAAUUUCUGGCUUUGGCCAAGAUCAGGAGUUAUAUUUUGAGGUUUUUGGGGAACUGAGGAGUCCAGGUUUUUCUGUUUCUGUUUUAUAUAUCAACUGAAGGUGUGGGAUUGUGACGGACAUGGAGCCGGAGAGUGCAAGGCCCCCCCUGCGAAAGCCCCCUUAUGCCUUGUCUUGUCAUACAAUAAGGGCGGUGGCGGACAUGUAUAUUUUGCCUCUGAAUUUAAUGUUAGAAACACUAGAGCAGCAGCCAUGGAAUUUUCUGAAUCACUUUCUUCCCCUUUUCCUGAA